CUAGUUUGCCUGCUCUGACACAUUUAUGAAGUAACUACUGUACAUAAUUUUCAAGGAGAAAAUCACCCUCCUGAAAGAGAGAACUGGGCAUCUUCAGAAGACAAAAGGAACUUGAAGGAAUUGGGUCAUAAUGAAAUUCUGGUUACUGGAGAGGUUUCAAGGCAAGGUAACUCAGCUGAAUAUUGAAAUUACAUGAAAGUAUCUUCUAUCAAUUCCUGAUCACGGUUCCAUAGUAACCAUGAAAAGCAAUGAAACGAGAAUCAGUGAGUUCAUCCUUCUGGGCUUCACAGACAUUCGAAAACUGCAGCUCCUGUUCUUCGUCAUCCUUCUCUUUUCCUACUUCUUCACAAUUACUGGAAAUGCUCUGAUCAUCAUCCUGGCUAAUAGAGACUACAGGCUACACAGCCCAAUGUAUUUCUUCCUCUGGAAUUUUUCUGUUUUGGAGAUUGGAUUUACCACUGUUGUAACUCCCCAAACCUUGUCCCAUCUUUUGAUGGCCCAUAAAAUUGUUCCCUAUGUUGGUUGCAUGAUACAGUUUUUCAUGUAUUUACAUCUGGGCACCACUGAGUUCUUCCUCUUAGCGGUCAUGUCCUAUGAUAGAUACCUGGCCAUCUGUAACCCCUUACGCUACCCAUCCAUCAUGCAGAAGAGUUUAUGCACUUUGCUGGUUCUCUGUUGCUGGAUUGGAAGCUUCCUCCUCAUCAUUGGUCCCUUUGUGAUCUUCCUACAGCUUCCAAUGUGCAACUCAAACAUCCUGGACCAUUUCUUCUGCGACAACACACCAUUGAUGCAACUCCUUUGUGGGGACACUAGACUUCUGGAACUGUUUGAGUUUGUCACUGCUGUGCUUUCCUUGCUGGGGACUUUAACCAUUUCAGUAGUUUCCUAUGUCAACAUAAUAAAAACUAUCUUGAACAUCCCAUCUGCUACAGGGAGAAAGAAGGCGUUUUCCACCUGUGCCUCUCACUUCAUUGUUGUGUCCAUCACCUACGGGAGCUGCAUCUUCCUUUAUAUCAACCCAUCCCAGACAAGCAAAGUGGAGUUUGGCAAAAUAGUGGCCAUUCUGAACACCAUUGUUUCCCCUUUGCUCAAUCCUUUCAUUUACAGCUUGAGAAACCGACAAGUUCAGGAAGCCUUGAAAGAUCUAUUGAAGAGCUUCCGGUCUGAGGCGACGGCGAUGGCGACCCAAGAAGGGAGGAUCAUUGGGAAGAAACAAGGGACUGAUGAAUUUUCUACUGUGUCUACAAUGGAGAGACACAUAAUGUGA